AUUGGAUAAUCAUUGCCUUCUGUUUGUUAUUGUAGCUGGAAGAGUGACUACAAAUGAAGAAUUAGAGGGCAUGUUAGAAAGUGGAAAUCCAUCUAUCUUCACAUCUGAUAUAAUUUCUGAUUCCCAGAUCACACGACAGGCCUUAAACGAGAUAGAGUCUCGUCACCAGGACAUCAUGCGGCUGGAGUCGAGCAUCAGAGAGCUCCAUGCGAUGUUCAUGGACAUGGCAAUGCUGGUAGAAACUCAGGGGGAUAUGGUUAACAACAUUGAAAAGAAUGUUUCCAAUGCAGCAGAAUACAUUUGCAGUGCAAAGGAAGAGACCAAAAAAGCAGUGCGAUACCAGAAAAAAUCCCGGAGGAAACUUCUGUGCCUUGCCAUGUGUGGGGUCGCAGGUUUACUCCUUUUGCUCAUCAUAAUAGUUGGAGUCUUUGAGUGAUGGAUUUAAUGAGUCGCGCCCUCACGGGAGUCAGCUACUGUAGUGAUGAAACUGAAGCUUCAUAAUAAGACGAUAAUAAGUCACUCACUAUCCAACAGCAUUACAGAGAGGAUCUCUUGACCACACUGGAGUGUAAUGUGUGUGUGAUCCACUUUGCACCAGUAACAUCAGACCUCAUGAUACACUGUUCUGGAGCACUUCUGUACAGCAAGAACAAAGCAUCCUGUCAGCACACAUCCCUUUCUCUUAACGGUGAUAUAAUGAACAGUGACAGCACAUCAGAUUUAUACACUGGUGUGCAUUCUGUAUUGUUGCUUUUUUUUUUUUUUCAUGUUAAGUAUGGCUCUCAGACAUCUCCUGGUCUAAUGACUGUAAAGGACAUUUUUGAAAAGAAACUCAUUUGUUUUCUGGCCCAGAGUUUCAUGAAAAGAUUGAUACCUCUCAUGCUCGUACGAUACAUAUGAAGCUACCAGCAGCCAGAUAGCUUAGCUUAGCAUAACGACUCGAAAGAGAAAGCGGCUAGCCAAGGUCUGUCAAAAGUAACAAAUAUGGCACGUUACAGGUUUAUUGUUGGGGGGGGGGUUGUUAUGUGCCAAACAGUUUCUUGGCCAGGUGCAGUGAUUUCCUGGAGUCUUGUUGUUAUUGUCAGAUUGCCAGGCAAGCUAACGGAAGCUCCGGAAGGCCACAUCUUCUGGCACUGAGCCCCUUGUUAAAACCACAUUGUGUUAUAUUACAAUUAUGUUUGCGUACAGAUUGAACAAACAAGAUACAAGAUAAGGUAUGUGACCCUUAGAGAUGAUCAUUAGCUGGUUUUGUUGCUUUUGGACUGAGCCAGGCUAGCUGUUUCCCUUUGCUCCAAGUCGUUGUGCUAAGCUAAGCUAACCAGCUGCUGGCUGCAGCUUCAUAUUUAGCAUACAGACAUUAGAGUGACAUCUAUCUUCCCAUCUUCUUAACAGGAAUAUUAUUAAGCGUUUUUCCCAAAAUGACAAAACAGUGCUUUAAUAUUUAAAAGAUGUUGUGACAAUUCUCUUCAUAAAGUGAUUGUAUGAUUUGUGUUUACAUGUUCAAGUGUAUGCUCCUUAUGUCCUCUUGUCCUCUUGUGUAUUUACUAUAUUUCAUGUGAAUUGAAUGUAAAACUACUGCAGCUCAGGAGUCCUUUACAAAUAGAAAAUUGUAAAAAAAUAUAUAUAUAUAUAUAUAUAUAUA